AUGGCCAAACUUUUGCGGGGGACGCAGGUGGAGAUGGACCCCAAGGGUUGGAUCUCACUCAAAGGAGGCCUUCCCCCAAGUCAGCAGCUGGAUUUGGUGGCUUUGUUGAGAGAUUGUGGGCGGAGAAGACGGUGGAUUCACGGCGACCCCACGUGGAUAAGCAACGGGAAGAGAAGGGAAACCGGGAGGAGGGCAGGAGCGCCAGGACGAUCACCAUCACACGAUGAGAGGAAGACAAUAGGUAGUCAGAUUGCUGUGAAGAUUGUAAAAAACAAGCAUGCCCCACCCUUCAAGACUGCACAGUUUGAGCUUGAAUUUGGAAAGAGGAUAUGCCGCAGUUCUGAGCUUUUUGAACUCGGAUUGAAGCACAAGCUUAUCAAAAAGACUGGUGGCGCAUAUUAUAGUUUCAAUGAUAUGGCUUUCAAUGGUAAACAUAAUCUUAAAUCUUACCUUGAUGAAAACAAGAGUGUUGCAAAUGAUCUGGAGAUGGAACUAAGGAGAUUGAUGGGAACUGAAGCACCUAAAGAGCAGGAGGCAGAAGAUAGUUCGCUGAGUGAUUUGCCUGAAGAGAUUGUUACACCUGAAGUAUCGUCAGAAGAGGAUCUGGGAGCCGUGCCAGUUGAUGCAGGAAAUGAUUUCUUGCUGGCAGUACUUUUUGUUCCUUGUGGCGUAAAAAGGCUGAUCAGGUAG